AAGUCACAAAAUUUAAACAAAACAAGGUGAGUAUGGAAAAUUUUUAAUUGGGACAAGGGUGAAAAUGGGUUUUUACAUAGGAUGAAGCUAUGAUGAGGUGUCUACUCCUAUGUUUGGUUGAAAUAAAAAUAAAUAUUCAUAGGAAAUUUCAAGACACUCUCCUAACCUAUUUAUCUUCAUCUUAAACUUACGUAUUAAAUACGAAUGUGUCUCUUAAACAACCAAACAUGGUCUUAAGAAUUGGUUUUUAACGUAAGAAAAGGGCAAAAGUUGGAAAAAUUUAAAUUAUUUCAUCUCAAUGCCAAAAAGAUUUUCAUCCUGGUAAAUUAGAGUUGGAGGUAGGGGUAAUGUGGUAAAACCGUAGCACAGCUACUUUAAUAUAAAAUCCCUAACCUUUUGUUUAGAACUCAUUUUUCGGAAGAAAAACCCUGCAAAUUCGCUCUUUUUUCGCUUCCAAUUUCGAAAUCGAUUUCCAUUUCUCAGCUUUCGAGCCCUCAUAAUCUCUCCCACAAUCUGUGAGAAACGAUGUGUGGUGGUGCCAUCAUCUCCGACUUCAUUCCGGCGAGCCGCUGCCGCCGGGUCGACGAGGAUUACUUCCCCGCCCUCAAAAAACGCACCUCCGGCAACCACUGUUCCAAGUCGCUGUGGUCCGAAGCCGUCGAGGACGAUGACGACGACGACUUCGAGGCCGAUUUUCUGGGUUUCAAGGAUGACUCCGACGACGAGGAGGAUGACAUCAAGCCUUCCGCUUUCUCCGCUGCGAAGCCACAUGGCUAUACAGGUAUAAAAUCUGUGGAAUUUAAUGGGCAAGCUGAAAAAUCUGCAAAGAGAAAGAGGAAGAAUCAGUAUAGAGGAAUCCGACAACGCCCUUGGGGAAAAUGGGCUGCAGAGAUCCGUGAUCCAAGAAAGGGGGUUCGAGUUUGGCUUGGGACUUUCAACACUGCUGAAGAAGCUGCAAGAGCUUAUGAUGCUGAGGCUCGGAGGAUCCGAGGCAAGAAAGCAAAAGUUAAUUUUCCUGAUGAAACUCCUUUGACUGCUCCAAAGCGCACCAUCAAGGCAAAUGCUCAAAAGCUAAUUCCAAAGGGUAGCCCUAACUCUUCCCAUUCGAAUCUGAACCAGAGUUUUAAUUUCAUGAACAACUCUGAUCAGGAAUACUAUAGUAGUUUAAUGGAUGAGAAACCAUCAACCAAUCAAUAUGGGUAUCCAGAUUCCUUCCCUGCCAAUGGCGAAGUUGGACUAAAAUCACUUGCCCCAUCUGAGAAUGGUCGCAUGUAUUUUAAUUCAGACCAAGGAAGUAACUCUUUUGAUUGUUCUGACCUUGGAUGGGGAGAGCAGGGAGCAAAGACCCCAGAAAUCUCAUCGGUUCUUUCAGCUACCCUUGAAGGUGAUGAAUCCCAAUUUAUUGAAGAUGCUAACCCAAAGAAGAAACUGAAGUCUAACUCUCAGAAUGCAGUGCCUGUUGAAGAAAAUACUCCAAAUGGGCUUUCUGAGGAUCUCUCAGCUUUUGAGUCCCAGAUGAAGUACUUUCAGAUCCCUUAUCUUGACGGAAACUGGGAAGCUUCAAUGGAUGCCUUACUCAGCGGGGAUGCUGCUCAGGAUGGUGGAAACCCAAUGGACCUUUGGAGCUUUGAUGAUCUGCCUACUGUGGUGGGGGGAGUUUUCUGAGCAAACUUUUCCCUUGCUAGCUGGUCUUCUGUAAAUAAAGCUACAUGAAUGGUUGUUGCCAGCGUUGCAGUUUGAGUUCACGGUUGGACAUGCAUAAGGCUUGGCUGAAGAGUGUUUUCUUAGGUAGCUAUUGUUAUAUGGGGAGUAAAUAGGUAUUUAGGUAUCUUUUACUUUCAAGACUUUGAAUUGGCACUUUGAAUUUUAUGUCUGUAUCUUGAAGAUUAUAUGGGUUGGAAGACUGAAACCUGAUAAAAUACCACCUUUGCUGUUUGUUUCAAA